AUGUCCACCCCUACAAUAUCCGAAGAAUCGCAUAGCGAGCCAUCCCACCUCCCGCUUGUCAAGCCUCUCAUAUAUGGAUCGCGGAUAUCGUUGCUCGCUGCUCGCGUCUUAGACAACGAUUCAAGCACCAGUACCAACAGCACAACGCUCGCCGACGUCCCUUCCGGCAGCCGCGGCCGCCCAUCAGUAAACCCCGCCAUCCCCGCGCUCAUCGCUGUUGUGGUGUUUGUUGUCUGCACGCUCGUUGUUCUCAAAGGCGUCCGCGCACUUCGUGGCGAUGGCGUCGUCCCUGUCUACCGCAAGCCUGCUCGGGAACUUCAGGAGGAGAAGCCGCGCAUGUGGGAGGUGCACAUGGACCAGUCUCCCUCGUUCUCUUGUGUUCGUGUCGGCGAGCACGGAUGGAACGGGAUGAUGCCCAUUUCCCUGGAAUAUCUCCCACCAAACGCACCUCCAUGCGAAGCACUUGCUAGUGCCUCCCCAACGCGUCCCCCGCUUCGUUCUUCCCCUCGCGCGUCACGGUCGCUCAGCCGAGAUAGUGCUCGCUCCUCCUGGAGCACCUUCUCCGAAAAACCGACCGCUAGCGUCCGUUCGGCGGAGGCGACUGAAGAUCCCGCGCGUCUGCGCGUCGCAGUGCUCAUCGCGAUGCCGUCGCCCACAAAACCAUCACCAUCGAGUGCCAUACCGGCGACUCCUGCCCCCGCUUACCUAGGAUUGGCGGAGGUGUAGCGGCGAGGUGGGGAUGGGUGCUUUGCCACUCUGUGUCGCCCUCGGGGCGGCUGGACAUCCUCGCCCUGACCGAGCUAUGUCGCCAUCGUCGGUAAUUGACGUGGACGAACGCCACCACUUGGGUGAAACGUCGCGCAUCUACGGGGUGUUGCGCUCCGAGCUGCGCUAACACUACUAUGGAACCACAGACGGAAGGGAUCGCGGGCUCGGACUUGGAGCGCGUAAUAGAACGUCUCGCUUAACGACGAAGUCACCGGGCCUGUAAGUCUCGACACGACUCUACUAUGGGCGGAGAGUACCUGUACGCUACCUAUAGUCAAUUUUUUGGGAUGUUUCGACGACGCCAACGGAGAAGAUUUGAAGAUGUCGUGAAUUUACAUAUUGUUAUCAUUCAAAUAAG